UCCGAGUGGUAGGUGCGCCCAAACAUCCUCGGACGCGCGACCGACGACGAGGAACGUCUUGGUGGGAGGCAAAACUCUCUCUCUAGAGCUCAGCUGAUCAUUAAAGCUGCUGCUGGCACAGUCAAACUUUCACGCUCGGCAAUACGCGAGCUUCGCGUGCGAGGAGUAGUCCGCCGUCACUUUCAAGGUCCGCGCUUCCGAGUAUACAAUACAUCGAUUCCGAUUCCAAUUCCGAAGCGAGACGCGAAAAUCGCGACGCGCCACGUGGUGCGAGCGUACGUGACGGGACGGAGGAAAUCACUCGUCGCUGGGCCAGCUACGUGAACCGAAAAUCCGCCGACGGAUUGGCAUGAGGAACGACGAGUAGAGUUCGGAGAAGAGAGACCGAUAAAAAGUCGGGCAGGCACGGUCGAAAGUCGGCGGUGGUGUGGUUCCUGUUAACUGAACUUGCUCACCAAUUGAAGUUUUAUCCUCCUCUCGCUAUGAAAAUUCUCGUACCGCGCGGCGCCCGUAGCAAACACGUAAUUAUGAAAACCGAUAAUUUGAUUAGUUGAAGAGAUUACUCGAGAACAACUCGAUAGAGAAAUUGCGUGGCGCUCGAGCAACAAGUUCUCCUUUUUCGCGAGACGCGAAUAUAUUCGACGAUAAAGUUAUUGCAUAUUGAAGAGUGCAGCGUUUUAAGUUGGCGCGUUGGGAGAAAUGAAAAUAUAACUACGCGCAACGCGCGGCGGGCACGGGAGCUCAUCGGAUAAAUCGACGAUCGAUGAACGGAUAACGAAUUAAUUGCAUCUCUCGACGUAGAGGGUAUCAUCCCGACGAUUUGUUCAUCCAUAAAAUAUUGUUACACACUAUGAGCACUCUGCGCCUCGAGAAAUAUCUCAAUCUCGAAACUUUGAAGGAAGACAAAUGAUACCUGAUGCUGGGGGCGACGUUGAUCUCUCGACUGCCAGAAUCGAGAUUAUCGCGACGGGCGAUCGUGCAUACGAGCCGUGCGUUAUUAGUGAAAGUCGCCCGCGCCUGUACUGUUUGAGGAUCAAGACUAACGGCGCCACGAUAUUCCCGCCAAGAAUCGCGUGAAGGGGGUAAAGAAGGUCAGGAACGAAAGGAAGGAUCAAGAGAUCUUCGCUUCUCAGCCGGAGAGAAAGGGAAAGAUAAUUGAGGAAAAUGACGGUCGGUCUCUCUCUCUUUCUCUCUCUCUCGCCGACGUUCGAAUUUCGACACAGGAGAGACACGCCGUGAGAAAUCGGUAAAACGACGCGUUUAAGAAGUCGAGCGCGUCCACAGAGCGAAAAGUUGUGUGUCAUUGUUCUCUUUGUCGGCUCUCCCCGAGCGAAUAUCAGAUCGAGGGAAGCCCGGGCACUUUGAGCAAGUUUCGAGAGAGAAAGAGAGAACGGGACGAAGACGAGCGAAGAGACCGCGAAGUAAGAAGCUCUUCUCGAGAGUUAUCAGGAGCAAAAAGAUUCAAGGGGAACCGUCGGAUCGUGGUACUUUGCAGAAACCCGUGCUUUUACGAAUGGCGCUUCGCAAGGCUGCGCGAGAUACAUAAAGGAUCGCUGAGAAAACAAAUGGAAAUUUUGCAGAGUGAUACUUCACAAUGCCUCUCGCGGAGUGCGGAUAUUUUAAGUGAAUUACACUCGGCAGAAAUUUCGAAAGGCGAAGUGGGAAAACAUCAAAGUCAAACAUGAACCGAAACAAAACGGACACGACGAAACUCCAAUUUUUUUUUCUUCUCUAAGAGCGACGAGAUACCUUGUCCGCUAACCCGCUUGCCCGUAAGAAACAGAAGAUUUCAGCGAGAGCACCUCGGAUACCGUUUUACCUCGACGGCGAAGUUAUAUAUCAAUUUUCUCGUGCUAUUUUACGGCAUUUAAUGACCGCUAUUAUCGGGCAGCUAUUAAAAAGACGUAAGUAGAAGGUUUAAGGAUCGUUAAGCUCCGUGAAGCUUUUCCAUUAAAAACUUUUAACUCCUUCAUUAAAAUUUUUCAGUACUUAAAAAUGUAUUGAAGACUCGCUUCUGUUACACGCAGAUUCUCGCUUACACGGCAAACGAGUUCAUUCGCAUUGAAGAAAGAGAAAGAAAGAGAGAGAGAGAGAGAGAGAGAGAGAGGAAAAUUGGCCAAAGACGCUUCUAUGAUCGAUAAUUUCUGUCUCGUCAACCGAAAAAAGAGAUUAGGGAAGAUUAUCUACGGUCAAUCUUUCACUCAAAGAUCAAAAGGAUCCGUCCGUCCAUGCCACGAAGGCUAUUGCGAAGAAUUCCGGCGGUAAAUUAGAUGAAUAAAACCAACGUACUGCAGACGUAAAGCAUAAGAGCCAUUUUCGAAGCCAUUUGCUGCUUACUGGGAAGUGAAUGUGGACCGAAAGAGAACGAAAUGCCCGAUUCUUCGCAGACUUGAAAACGUCUCGAGACGCUUCUCUUUUUCGGCGGUGUGCAUUAAAAUGAUAAUGAGCCUUUUGCUCGGAUGAUUCUUCUGACCUUCGUCAUUUAACCGUCUCGGAAGAAGCACGUGAGCAGUAACUCUUGAACUUUAGCAAUUCCAAUUUGGAGAUCGAAAGGAUACGGUGACGGAGGAUGCGAGGUUCCGCAGUCGUAAAGACGCAGCCAAGCAACGUGCAGACGCGACACGCUCGCGGAACGAUCGUGGGGUGAUCAACGGCACGGAUAGCAACGGCGAGAGACGAUUCAUCGGGUCCGCCGCCGUGAACUGGAGCGUAAGGGAUCCGUACUGCCGCCGCCGCCGGCAUCAUCCCGUUUACCCGACCGGAAACACUCCGAGGAGAAUACGAAUUCGCCGCGGAUCCUUCAGACCGUUUUUCGCUUCGCCGAUGCACGAAAGAAGUUCGUGACGAAAGUGACGCGCGUUCGAACGUAACGGGGAUCAUUCGUGAUAGAGGAGAAAAGGGAAAAAGGAGAAAGAAAGGGAACGGAAACGAUGCCAGGUCGUGAGACGAUUGUUCUUUUCUGUUGAGGUAUCCCUAGUGAAAAUAUAUCGUCGAGAUAAACUCGAUACUCCGUCGUGAGAGUGCAACGGCACGCAAGAGGAGGAGAAUCACCGUGCAAGAAUCGUUCGCCGGAUCGUUAAACGGAUCGAUAUCCCGAUAUCCUGAGGAUGGCGCGCGUCGCGUGUCUACUCGGCCUCCACCACAUCCUCCUAGGGCUCAGCUUGCUGAUCGAACCUCUACUCGGCUACAAAGUCCUGAUGGCCACUAUGGGUGGCACCAAGUCCCACACGGUGCCCUUCGUCGCCCUUGGUACGAGUCUGAGGUCGCGGGGGCACAACGUCACGCUGCUGAGCGCUUUCCCUGGUCCCGCGGCAAAUAAUGGUCUUCACGAACUGGUGCCGUCGAUCCUCGAGGCUUACGUCGAGAAUUUCACGGCUGAAUGGGACCUGGUGGGCGCCAGGUUCCGGAAUGAGCUUCCGGUUUCACCGUGGGACGCCAUGAGAUACGCUUGGGAGUCCUGCGAGGCGUUGCUGCAGGACGCGCCGUCGAUAGCCGGCAUGAGAAGACCGGACGGUGAUCCACAUGCUCGAUGGGACGUCGCGGUGCUCGACGGCGCCUAUCCCGAAUGCAUGCUGGGAAUCCUCCACGGCGAGAACGUGCCGACGAUAAUGUUAAACACGGUGGCAUUGUACAGCGGGUCCAUUAUGCGACAGGGCAAUCCAUCACCGUGGUCGGUGACGCCGUAUUUCGGUAAAGCGAUCACGCAGGACAUGACUUUCCUCCAGAGAGUCCUGAACGCGGCGGCACUGCUCACUCUGAAGAUUAUGCAUUGGUUCACGCUCUCGAUUUAUCUUCAGCCGACGCUCCAGCGAUACCUCGGCAAUCACAUACCCGACGAUCUGCACAGCCUGACGGCGGAGGUCCCUCUGACUUUACAAAACAGUCAUUAUAGCGUGGGCGAUUCCGCGCCCUACUUGUCGAAUGUCGUAAAUGUGGCGUGCCUCCACUGCAGACCGGCGAUGCAAUUAAGUCCCGACUUAGAGGCCUUCCUGCGACACGGCUUCGUGUUUGUCUCGAUGGGAUCGUCGGUGCGGGCUUCUGGGAUGCCAGAGGCGCUACGGCAGAUCUUUGUCGCGGUUUUCUCCACGCUACCGUACAAUGUCGUUUGGAAGUGGGACGGUGGCAAGAUCAAGGAUUUGCCGGCGAAUGUAAGGACGGCCGCUUGGUGGCCGCAGCAGGAGCUACUCGGCCAUCCCAAGCUACGUGCCUUCGUUUCCCACGGCGGUCUGUUGUCUCUGCACGAGGCGGCUUACCACGGCGCACCGACACUGGUCCUGCCUGUUUUCUGCGAUCACGAUGGAAACGCCGCGCAAGCUGAUAAACUCGGCUACGCUUUGGUAAUGGAUCUGGCCGGCAUAUCUAUCAGUGCGCUUCGCGAAGGUAUAAUUAAAGUCGCCGCACUUCACAAUAAUUCGUACAGAGAGGCGGCGAGAAAGAGGAGCGCGUUACUGCGUGAUCUACCGAUCGGUCCCAGAGAAUUGGCCACGUGGUGGGUAGAACACGUUGCCAAGCAUGGUGGAGCCGAUCAUUUGAAAAGCUCAAUCAGGUACAUGAGCGUGUUCCAUUAUUACAGCAUGGACGUUGCAAUGUUUUAUAUACUGAGUUUAAUCCUGAUAAUUUACGGGCUCAAAAAAUUGUGCUGGCGAGCAGUGAUCAAUCAGCAUGCUUUUAAGAAGAAAGUAGACUGAUCGAUAAUCCCGUGAAGUCCUCUGCUAAAUUUAUUUUAUUUAUUGUAGCGCAUAGAAUGUAAUCUCUUAAUGAUACGUAAGUAUAAUUGUAAUUGGGGAUUAUGUAAGUCGAAGGGCAAUCUUGGCUUCUUAAAGAUCUCUAAUAUAUUUUAAUUUAAUUAUAAGUAAAUUGUAAUUAUACUUUAGCCGCUACACUAUAAUUACAAUUCACAAUAAGCUCGUUUAAUUUGUAUGUUAUCUGUAAUAUCUAUAUGACAAGUUAUAAAAAAAAAGUUUAUACGUACAUGCAAUAAGAGAUACUUUUACGUAUAAUACAGCGCGUUUUCAUUGACGUAGAGGAGAAGAGAAAUUCAUUAACCGCUGAUAUAAUAGGGAUCUACUUUCCGCAAGCUGUUACAGCGAGUGAAUGUCAUGACCAUGAUAAACCAUUUUUAUCUAUGUUAUCCGUACAUUUUAUGCUGUAAAUAACAAAUUGAGUCUCACAAG